GAAGGCAGCAUGAUACCGUACUGUACCCCUCCUCUUGUCGCAUAUUGAUCCAGCUAGCUGAUCGUAGCUUUUGUGUCAGGAUGGUGUCUGUGGUGUGUAAAUGUCUGUCCCUAGUUUCUGACUAAAGAUAUCUGGCAUUUGGGGGCUUUAAUGUUUGGUGCAGCUAAUCUAAAAACCAUCGGCAAAGCGGGAACCGGCUGGCACUUUCACCGGACAAUGGACGAGCUGGUCCAUGACCUGGUGUCGGCACUGGAGGAGAGCUCUGAGCAAGCUGCUCGUGGUGGUUUUGGUGAUGGAGGAGACCAUGCACUGGCCGUGGGCUGUCUGCUGAAGAGGCAAGCUCGGAAGCGGAGGGGCAGAAAACGACGCUCGGACAACCCACACCCUCCUUGGGAGACAGGCCACCUCAGUGAGGGCUCAGAGUCUAGUGUGGAAGAACACAAGGACUACCGUGCUAGUACAGGGGGUGUCUCUGCUGCCAACAGCCACGCCCGUGACAACAGUGACUCGGAUGAACAACUUGGCCCCAAACGGCGCACUGUCCUAACAGCUGACACAGGACGAAGCAAGCGGCCCCUUUGGCCAGACGACUUGGGUGUCCUGGGAUCUGCAGAGGGAACUCGCAGCCUUAGACGAAGACGUAAGGUCAAACGUAUGGCUGUAGACCCACCUGUAGAACCAGAACCCCCAUCCUGCACCAUGUUAGGGCCCCCACCUGUCCCGAAAGCCCGUGCUAGUGCCAGGCCGCAUAGACUGGGUGCUGGUGAGGGCAGGGUCGCCAUGGAACUCUGUGGAAGUGGACUGAUAGGGCCAGGGGGAGGAAAGAACAGGGUGAAGAAGAGGAAACUGGCUCCCCACAGGCUGGGCAUGGAGGCUGCAGAUGAAGGGGUAGUGGUGGAGAGUGAGGACCACAUUUCUUCUCCAACGGAAGGGUCCAAGGACAAGAUGGAGUUGGAGGAGCAGAAGGGCUCGGAUGAGGACAUGAGUGACAGGUGUGAGACCAGCAGUGUCAGUAACAGCAGUGACGGAGGCCUCUACACCAACGAUGAGGGGAGGCAAGCUGAUGACGAGCAGAGCGACUGGUUCUAUGAGGGGGAGCCAGGCUCCGCCCCAGCACCCGGAGGUGCAUGUGCGAUAGCAGGAGUGGUGCCUUGGUGGGAGAGGGACACCGGGUCAGAGGAGCUGGACCUAGUUGAUCCUGUCUUCAACAGCAUCAUCACUGGAUCCUUCCCUCUCAUGAGCCCUGGAGCACAGAGAGUGUUCCAGGCCCGACUGAGUCGUCUCCAUGGAAACCAGCAGGUGUCUCAGGCAGGCAGUUCCAGCCAAGGCUUCAACGACAGACUGGGCAGACAAACCCAGGACUCCCAUGAGCCUUGGUUUAGCUCGGGCUCGAGAAGAGAACACGGACAGCCACUUCAGUUGCAUUGGGACUCACGGUCGGACAGAGGGCAUCGGAGAACCUGUUCAGUAAAAACAGCCAGCAGACAGACCAGCGGGCACCUCGGCUCUCUGUGUACAGGGGAUGUCAAGCGGAGGCGAAAAGCAGCCCCCCUCGGUUCCACCGCCCCCUCAGGAGUGGUCGGGGAGAACGCGCCUCCCAUCCCUGACACAAACAUGGGCAGCCGCAUGUUACAGAGCAUGGGCUGGAGCCCGGGGAUGGGCCUGGGUCCAGAGGGCAGGGGCAUCACCGAGCCAGUCCGGGCCACACAGAGACCCAAAGGCACGGGUCUGGGUUUCAACUGAACACUAACCGGGUUUCUAAAUCCUGAACCUGAAGUCAUGCUGGGACAAGACUCCCCAAGAGAUCGGAGUGAGGGAGAUGCUGCUGAGGGCAAUGAAAGAUGAAAAGAAACGGUCCAGAAUAAUCGGGCAUCUGAGUCAUGAGAAGGGAAGGAAUGAGGCUUGUCCUAACAAUAGAAACUUUCCCAUAUUGGGGAGAAUCCUCUGACACACACACACACACACACACAAACAACAUGGAAGUGAAUGAAACUGAGCAGAAGAAAAGACUCCCUGCAAACAUGUUCUCUCAAGAAACUCCAUGUUGGAGAAAAUGAAAGACAUUGUUGCGUCAUUGAUAGUUUGUAACGGUGGCAUGCCAUCUCAGCCCUGUUACCUCAGAUGCCAUUGUAAUUGGCUUGAAACCUGGGGAAAAUUAUGACCAAAUACUGAUCCAAUGAUUGAGUGGUUUGUUUUCAAUCAGCUGUACGGUUAGUGAACGAAAAAUGGUUUUGUCCGGUAUUGCACAAGAAUUUCAGAAUCAAAGACCGUUUCAGUAGAGCGUACCUCAAGAUUAAUUUUAGGUUCUUUUUAAGGUAAUGAAGGUAAGGGUACACUGUAUGGAUGUGUGUUGGAAUCUCUGGAUUUUUUCCCCAUUUACUUGUUGUUCAUGUAUUGGAAGAAGUCCUCCCAUCAGAAUGUUUUUAUCCAUGAAAAAAAGAUUUAAAAAAAACCAAACAUGUUCUGCUGAUGUUCACUAAGAAAAAACACAUUGGGACAUAUAAAGUAAAGUCUUGCAGAUGACUUGCUUGACUGUCCUAGUUCACUGUCCUAUUUUGUUUAGGUAUUUUAUCCUGGCACGUGUUGGCACCGCAGACUGCAGCAUUUAGCCUUCCACAGCCAUCUUCAAUGAUUUUACAUAGAGUACAUGACAAAAUGGCUGCAAGUGUGUCAGCUUCCAGGCCUUUUAGUGUCGCCACACAGGUUUGGAGAUUCCGGUGAAAGAGAAUUAAUAAAUGUAGCUCUUUUCAAUGUCUUCAGAGGGUUAAGAAAACCAAGAAAUAUUGCUGUCAUAAUACACACAGAAAGGGCCUACAUCUCUUUGUUUCACAGGUGUUUUCACUUAAUUAGCCUGAUUGGAGCUUUUCUCAGAAUUGGUGAACAUAGACUGAAGUCUAAUCAGACAAAAGUGAAAACACCUGUGUGGCUGAGCAGGUGCUUAACGUAAAGAAGAAGACCUUCUUUAGUUUUAGACCCGUUGUCAUUUACCUAACUGUGAUAUUGUUUCUUGUGUUUGUUCAGAGUAUAUUUGCUAAUAUAGCCUACCUGCAGCCAUAGAUUGUCCUGAAUGCAGAUUUAAAAAAUAUUUUAGGCGCAGGUAGAGAGAUUAAGGUCUAGAAUAAUGAAUGAAAAGAUGAAUUUAUAAAAUGUGCAGGAAGUUGUACUGUAAAAGUAACUAUAUUUGUUUCCUCUACUUUGUUGUUUUAACCAUUGAGCACCGGAUGGAUGGUCUUUUACCCUAUUAGGCCUGUUCAUAGAAGUGUGAGAUGUCAGUGACACAACCAAGUAUUAAACUCAAAGACU